CUGACAAUGCCCAACCCACCCCACCAAGCCCACAACCCCGAAGUCGUCGAGUUGGACGCCUCCUCUCCCAUCCAGGAGAUUGUGGACGUCAUCAACCGCGAUGGAGGCAUUAUCAUCAAGAACUUUCUUAGUCCUGAAGAUAUCGACAAGAUCCACGAAGAAGCCCAGCCUUACUGGAGUAAGCUUGGGAAGUACGAGGGCAAGCUGUUUGAUGCGACUGAUCCUCCUUUGAGUGGCUUCGCUGGCAAAUCGCGCACCUUCGCGCACAAGGCCAUCAACCAUCCCACGUUCCGGGAGACGGCCAAGGCAUUGCUAAAGGAAGAAUCCAUCGUCUACCGCGACGGCAAACGCUACAAAUGCACCUCCCAUCCCGUCCUGGCCGUCUCGGAAGCCUUCAACCGCGGCUCUCCAUCCACAGCCCAACAACUCCACCGCGACGACAUGGCCCAGCACUUUGAGCAUCUCGAAGGAAGCGGCGAAAGUUCCCUCCUCGGCCUCCUCCUCGCUGGCGUCGACACGAACUUCACCAACGGCGCGACGCAGGUCCUAGUCGGCUCGCACAAGUGGCCCGAAGCCGCGAUCAGCGGCCCAGCAGACCGAUCUCUCUGCUCGACUGCCGAGAUGAAAAAGGGCGAUGCGGUGUUCAUCAUCGGGAGUAUCUGGCAUGGGGCAGGGGAGAAUAAGACGGAUCCGCCGGAGAGGCGGAUUAUCUACUCGUGUCAUAUGACGCGAGGAUCAAUGCGUGCGGACGAGAAUCAGUAUUUGGCGAUUGAGAGGGAUGUGGUGGGCACUUAUGAGCCGGAGGUGCAGGCUUUGUUGGGAUAUUCUGUUAGCCAGCCGAAUUGUGGACAUGUUGAUGGGAAGGAUCCGAUUGGGAUAUUGGGAGGUGAGGAUCCGUUUGGAUAUGGGGAUAUCAGAGGCGAAGAAGUCACAGUUUAGACAUCAGUCACAGUCAAUAGUUUAGUUACAAGAGAAUAUUCAGCUCCGAU